AUGUCAUCUGAAUUUCUUCAUAGUUUGAAUAGCUAUUUUAAUUCCAUAAUAGAGAUCAAUAAUGGAACAUCGUUACUAAUUUUCAAAGUAAAAGAAAACUCUAACUCCACCAGUACGGCUGGAAAUGUCACUAAUACCAUCAUCAGAAAAAUACUAGCAAGUGCAAGAAAUGGCUCCGCACAUAGACAUGCCGGUAUAUCAUGGCAAAGGUUUCUUUAUGGGCUACUAGUUUCUUUAGUUUAUUUCGUAUUCCAAUUGAUUCUCUUCUCAGUUUUAAGAAUAAAACUAAAAUCUUUAUAUCAAGCUAACAGAAUUCUAAGUCCGAAACGAUUUCGUGGUUGCUGGCUAUCUCAUAUUUGGGAUCAAAACAUAGACCAAUAUAAAGAUAAAUUGGGUUUAGAUGCAUAUCUUUUUAUGAGGUUUUUGAGAUUUCUAAUCUUUUUCUUUUUCACAAUAUCAAUGCUCAAUCUUCCCAUUCUACUACCAAUACAUUUUUUCUCCCAAACCAAGUCACAGUCACUGGAUAAGUUCAAUAUGUCAAAUAUUAGCUCUAAAAAUUUAAUAAUACAUUUAGUUUUGUGCGUAUUUGUUAUAUGUUGGUUUCAUCUCAUGUUAGUGUCAGAGCUUCGAUUUAUAGCUGACUUAUCUAAUGACAUCACUAAAGCAGCCAGAUACCAAAAUGUCCUAUUCCUUGAGAAGGUGGACAGACAUAAAACUGUUUUGGCUGAAAAAUUCAAACUAAUUGGAGAAGCCAAUGAUGUGACAUUCAUUCCAAGGGAAUACAAAAGGUUUUACAGUCAGUGGAGUAAAAUGAGACAAUUAGAAGAAAAACUAGAAAAAAUUGUAUUUGAAAUCAUUUCACAAAAAUUCUAUGACUAUGGGUUCACUAUGCCACUGCAUAUACUGUCCACAAAUCAUGUGUUUGAAAUUUGGAAGGCCUACAAAAAUAUGAUAGGGUUUUAUAUUAACAAGUACAUAUUCUUCCUCAAAACUAUUACAAACCGCGUCACCUUUAGCUUCAUUGUGAAGUGGGUUAGAGUAUAUGGCAUAAAUAUUCCGUUCAUUAAAAUAAGUAGUAGCAGUUACUUAAAAAACAGAUACUUAUCAUUAGAAAAAACCGUGAACAAAUAUCAAAUUAUCGUAAAAAGGCUCAAUGAAAGGAAAAAUAUUUUGACACUGCAAUCCAAAAAGGACUAUCAAUCUCCUAAAUAUUUCUACAAUAAGGCUUUUAUUAGCUUUGAUUCUAGUAUUACAGCACAUAUUUAUGGGCAGUUUUAUUUGGGAAAAAACAAUGGACGUUUAAAAUCAUCUUUAGUGGGACCAAAUCCUCGUGAUAUCAUGUGGUCUAAUUUAACUGUCACAGCACCCAUGCUAUUGAUCCUUAGGUCAAUUAUGGCUGGAACAAUAAGCAUUUUCAUUAUCGUUGGUUGGGUUAUACCUGUUGCUAUAAUUGGUGCCAUAUCACAGAUACCAUAUUUGGUGACCAAAUUCCUUGUACCUAGCAUUUUAGAAUCAAAUUCUGAGAUAUUAAGUGAUAUGAUAGCUAGUGUCUUCCCAGUUAUUACAUUAGUAUUUUUAACUGAAUGUGCUCCUUACUUCUUUCGAUUGCUUAGUUACUUGAGAGGCUGCAGAACUGGGGCAGAGAUUGAGAAGGAUACACAAAAUUGGUUCUUUGUUUUCUUGUUUGUACAGCUAUUUUUAGUUGUUACUGUUUCUUCAGGUAUUUCAUUUGUCAUUGAAAGAAUAGUUAAUAAUCCCACAUAUAUUCCUACAUUGCUGGCACAUGAGCUGCCGAAAAGCUCGAACUUUUUUUGCUCAUUUAUUCUUAUAAGAGGUUUUGCAUAUUCGGGAGGUAACCUCAUAAGAGUCAAAGAAUUGCUGUUAGAGCUGUUCUAUUACAAGCCAUUCAUAUACACUCCACAUAAGCGUUUUAAACGACUUUCCAACUCACUAACAUUUCAAUGGGGGUCAAUCUAUCCUUUAUUUUCAGUUUUUGGGUGUAUUGGCAUCGUGUAUAGCUUGAUAUCCCCUUUGAUAUUACCACUCUGUUGUAUUUCAUUUAUACUGGUUUACUUUUCUUUCAAAUAUCUAUUUGAAUAUCAGUUCAACAAAGAAAAUAAAUCGGAAACCUUUGGGAAGCUUUAUCCACAAUCAUUGCUACAGUUAUAUGCCGGAGUCUAUUUUAUGGAAUUUUGCCUUUUGGGGCUCUUUGCACUUUCAAAUCGGUAUGAACUCUCAUCAUGUAUGAUCAUUAUUUCAGGCUUCACUAUAAUAGCACAUUUUAAAAUAUCCAGAAUAUAUAUGAGGAGGAUAAAAUAUGUUCCAUUAUGCCCAGAUCUACCAAAAACAAAUUAUUCUGGUAAGCAUGUUGAAAAGACGAAUCAGCUUUCGGAGUUUGUGUUUCCUAAGGCUGAUUUCAAUAAAAAUUAUAAGAGGAUCUGGUUACCUUAUGACAAUAAAGGUAUAGCUGAUGCAGAACGUAGAUAUUUAGAAAGGAACUUUGGUCUUAUUUGCGACCUCGAUGUUUACUCCAUUGAUACGACAGGGAGUGUUUAUUUACAAGAAUGA